AUGACGACGAUCCCAGCUGGCCAACGGCCCAUAAAUCAACCAACAUCAACACCAAAGACUUCAGCAUCAACUAGUAGUAAAUCUCGACUCGAUGCUCAACAUCCAAAGUCGUCUAUUAAAAAAAUACCAAAUGCUCUAGAUUCAAGCCCAAAAUCUAGACGUCGUACUAGUCUUCACAAUCCAGCUUUCGAUGCUUCAUUCGACAUGGCCAGUGCUGCGACAGGUCUUCCGUCUAAUAAUGAACAGGAGACUGGAGAUGCUACACUGGCAGCCAAACGGGAUUACAACCGUUUCCAAUUCGAUCUAUUGCCUGAAGACAACGAAGACUCCUUCUCAGCAUUGACGAAUAUGAGUACCAUUACUGCUAGUGCUACUACUCCUAGGGCGGUAGGAUUAAAGACUCCCAAACAGUCGUCAACGUCUUCUUCUGGUAUUCCAAUUCCCGUCGCGAAUGGAUCACCUAGUAAAGAUGGUGGUAAAGGUGAUGAAUACGGUCAGAUGGGAUUGAAACAACGUGAAAAGAUCGUGGAUGAUAUGAAGAAGGAAAACUUCAAUUUAAAACUCAAGAUAUACUAUCUGGAAGAAGCCAAUCAAAAGAUGUCCCCAGAUGGUUACAAUAAUCUUGCCAACGAGAAUGCACAAUUGAAUGCAGAGAUCGACUCGCUUAGAACAGAGCUAGAUCUGUAUAGAAAAGAACUCGAAUCUAGCUUGAGGCGGUUUGAAGAACAAGCCUCGGCUGUAGAUCAAGUCCAAGGAGCUUAUGAUGCCAAAGCCAGAGAAGUCAUGGUAAUUAGAACAGAACUGGAAGCUGCUCAACAGGCACUCAGUCAAAUAGACGGCAAUCACAAUACUGUAGAAAGAGAUUCAGAGCAAUUGCGUGCUCAAAUCAUAGAACUACGGAAUCAGAUUCGUCUCCUCCAAGAAUCUCGUGAUAGAACACUGCAAGAUGCAGAAUCUAGUCACCUGGAGGCAUCGCUAGCUAAAACUCAGGUUCAAGAUUUAGAAAAGUUGAGAUCUGAGAAUGCUAGAUUACGGCAAGAAGUUGGUAAACUCAAGUCAGAUCUGGAGGCUCAUAGAGUCACGAUACGAGAGUUUACUGCCCUUAUCGAUAAUCUACAGAGUGAUGUGGAAGCUGAACGUGCUGAAAAGUUAAAAGUACGAACAGAACUCAAAACUGCGCUUGCUCAAGUCGAUCAGCAAAAGACGAGUCUAGCUGAAAUGACUAGUAAAAUGGCCGAACGUGAUUCUCAGAUAACGAGUCUACGUACUGAAGGCGAUAAAAGGUGGACUGAAGCUGAAGAGUUGAGAAUACAAGUCAGUAAACUGAAAGAUGAGCACAGUAAAAAGCAGUCUCUCCUAAAAGAUGCUAGUGACAUGAUUCGAGAAGCGCAACGUCAAAAGGAGACUAUAACUCGAGAGCAUGCUCAAGCUAUAGAAUCCGUACGAGAUGAAAUUGUAAAAACAUCCGAUAAACACCGUGACGAAUUAGAAACCAAGAUCCGUAAUUUGACUGAACAGUUAAAUCACUCCAAACAGACGAAUUUGAAUCUCAACGCUCAAGUCGAACUAUUACGUGCCAAGACGACAUCAGAAUCAUCAACAACUCAAAAUGCACGUCUAGAAAUUGAGUCAUUAAAAACCCAAACCUCUAAAUUAAACGAAGAGCUCUUCGCAGCUCGUACCUCACAAUCAUCCAUCAUCACCCAAUUGCAACUAGCCACCACUGAAAACACGCAUCUAAAAGAACGAUUAUCAUCAACCUCAAACAAGUCAUCAACAGAACUUGAAUCCCUCCAUACCGAGAUAUCAACUCUACGCUCCACCAUUAUUCGUCAUAAUGAUGAGCACCGUAAUGAUAUCUCACGAUUAAACGAAGAACACGCACGGCAAGUACGAAAUUUGGAACGAGAACGUGAAGGGCUUCUUGAAUCGAUUAAGGAAAGGAGUGACAAAUUGACUCGUGCUCAAGAAGAGAUUGAGAAAAACAAGAAGCAAUUGUCUAAAGUCAAAAUUGUGCUUAAAGAGCGUGAGAAGUUUAAAGGUGAAGUUGAUGAGAGGGGUAAAGAGGUUGAGAGAUUGCAGCAAGUUAUUGGUAGACAGACUCAGGAGAUUCUUGAACUCAAAUCCAAACUUGAAGGCCAACAUCGUAUAUCACAAGCUGACAUUGAUGCUCUUCAAAUGCAAUUAUCUUCUCGUACUGAAUCUUUAGCUUUGGCACAAGCUGAAGUUGAACGUGUCAAUAAUGAACUAGUUACAAUCUUGACUAAACGCCCUGUGCAGCCCAAGAGCACCAUUAACGACUAUGCACUAGCUAGUGAAAUAUCCGUUCGGAGUGCAGAAAAUGAACAUCUCAGAAAGAAAUUGGCAGGUCUUAGAGAGACGUCAGCUGUGGAAGAUGAAGAGCAAACUCUUCAGGACGCUUCUGCUACAUCAUUCCGUGAACAAAACUAUAGUCUGCAAGCUCAAUUGGCGGAAUUAGCUGAUCGAUUGUUUGAAAAGACUGAGGAGAGUAAUCAUCUGCUUGCAGAAUUGGAUGAAAAGUCUGUAGCUCAUCGUCAAGCUGUUGAACAAAUGUCUGAACGAUGGGGCCGUGAACAGGCAAAGUUGAAGGCAGAUAUCGCCGUUCUGAAAGAGAAAAGAGGUCAAGAUAUGGCAGAGAACGAAAGAUUACAAUCCCAAGUAGAAGAGGUGCAACGUUUACAUGACGAAUCCGAAUUGCAUAGUCAAGAAUUGAUUCAACGAGUGCAACAUGACUUGGAAUCCAAAACUCGAGAAUUGACAGCAGCUCGUGAGGAAGUCAAUACUCUAAUACAACGCCUGACGAAUGCUGAACCACAAUUAUCAGCAAAAUCCGCCAUUGUCGAAGACCUCAACCGCAAAGUAGAAAUGCAAGCCUCUCAUAUAUCACGCCUCGAGUCACAAAACAAGGCAUUACUAGCUCAUGAAGCCGAAUUAUUGAUGUUACGAGCACGUCUAGUGUCUUCCGAGCAAGAAAUUGCCACAUACCGUAAACAGGUUGCUGGAACACAAGAACAUCUAGAGACAUUUGAGCGCUUGUCAUCUAACGCUGCUCGUGAUCUACAAGUAUUGAAGGAACAGCUGGUUGAACAAACUGCUCGAAUCCGAGAUUUAGAAUCUGGAAUGUAUGGCGAAGCUGCAUCCCGAGCUGAAAAUAGUGAACGAGAUAUUGAACGUAUCGUAAGAGAGGAGCAAGACUUGUGGCGUGCACGAUUAAGGGAACAGGAAGCAAGAUGGCAAGACAUAAAUCAUAAGAUGGAAGCAGAUGUUAGGAAGAGUAAAGGGCAAGUUGAAUCACUGGAGAAUGUGAUUCGAGAACGGAAUAAUGAAAUAUCUGAAUUACGACAGCAGGUUAAUUCAUUGGUUGAGGAUGUUGAUUCUGAGAUUGAUAAGAGGAUUGGAGUUGAAGAUUCCUUGAAGAGAUUCCAAGAUUAUGAGGAGGUAAAGAAUGAGAAUCGGGAGUUGAGGGGGGAGACACAGGAUCUUAAGGCUUCUUUGCUGAGGUUGAGGGAUGACGUGGUUUCCAAGUCUAAGCUUUUGGAAGAAGCUCUUGAGGAGAGAGAUUCAUUGCAUUCUAAUCUCAAAGAUUCAAGACGAGAAGCUGAGAAAGCCAUUAAAGUGGUUGAACAAUUACGUUCUCAAGUUCGUCAACUUGAGAGUGCUGCUGAAUCCAAUUUGAUGAGUGAUCACGAGUUGCAAGAAAAAGUAGCUCAAUUGGAAGAGAUGGUUGCUGAGCGGGAUCAUAAAUUGAGUGAAGCUACAUCCAGAUUGGAACGCCUUAACAAGCAAAGUGGUAUUCUUGCUGAGAAAAUGACUUCCGCUCAGUCUGCUUUUGAAAAGGCAGAAGAGCGUGUCUUGUCGUUGAUGCGUGAGUCUGAAGAGAAGAGUCUAACUAUCGGUACGCUGCAACAGCUUGUUGAGGAGCUUAGACGGUCCAUGUCUACCCAACAUGAGCUGGUUGCCACUUCCAGAACCCAUAUAGCUCAACAUGUUGCCGAACGAGAUGAAUUACUGAGCAAAGUUUUGUCUCAAAUGAAUCAUGUACUUCCAAGUCACUCUCAAGAGGAACAUAUGACUCCUACCUCUAACUUUGUCGGAUUUGCUGAAGCCUUGUUGACACGGGUCAAGGCUGUUUGUAAGACUCGACAAGACUGUCAAAUGAAUCUAAGUCAGCUGGAAGGUCGUAUGCGACGACAGAUACAAGACUGGCAAUCACGAUUUGAAGCACGUACGUCCGAACUAGCGCAAUACGAGACUCAAAUAAACCGAGCUUUUAUCAAACAACGAGCUCUAAUCGAUGCUCGACAUGAUCUACGUCGAGAACUGGAAGACGAACAAUAUGCCAGAGCCCGAUUGGAGGCUCGAGCCACAGCCUUGGAACGUGAGCUAAAGAUUGCCGAGAGUGCUGCUCGAGAUGCUAUGAGGAAUCAACAGCAACAGCAAGGACAAUCUAGGACGACGACACCAGAUCCGGUACGUCAUAAUAAUAGCAGCAAUAGUAACGAACAGCGACGAGUUCGUGAAUUAGAAAAUCAGUUGGAGAAUGCGCAAGAGAUGCUUGAAAUGGAUCGACGGGCUGCCGAUAGUCGGGUACGAGAAUUGAAUGAGCAGAUGCAUGCUUUGCAAGUUGAGAUGCAAGCUUUGCAACAACAGCAGAAGGGAUCUCGCGCUGCAAGUGAAGGAGGCAUGUCGUCUAGGUCUCGUAUGGAUGUGGUUGGUGUAUCUACCAGUUCACUUGCUCUAGAUGAUCAAGCCAAACUGUACAAGAUGAACGAGAACUUGAGACGAGAUUUAGAUUACCAAGCCAAACUUGCCGACGACACUGCAGAGAAGCUACGAGCUGCCAAAAAUCAACUAGUCACGACUGAAACUGAAUGUGCGAAACUUAAAAGAUCUCUACAUCAACGUGAUGUGCUUAUACGACAAGCCGUAUCCAAGCUUGAUAUGAUGGGAGAUAAAAAGGAAUCCGUAGCACUCUUACAAUCUGCUGCUGGCCAGUUAUCUACCUUUUCUCUGAACGAUGUACUUGGAUCAUCAUCUUCAUCGCUUCUGGAUGCUCGUCAACGAGGACCUUCAAAGUCCCCCCCUCGUGGAUUCGGAGGAGUUUAA